CGAAAUUGACCCAUCAGAAGUAGUAGUUUUGGAAACUGCAUCCAUAAGUAUGGAAGCAUUAACAAGCACUGUGGAAGCGUUAUGUGUACCUGUCACUCAUACCCAAAAUCCUGAUUGGGCCGAGGAAUUUGAAGUUCCAUGGGAAAAAAUGAGUGCAAGACUCUGUACUGCAUUGGAGCAAAACAAAAGACCGCUUCCUUCUGACCGUAGAGCAAUGGUUCGCACAAUCAUUGACAAAGUGCAGAUAAUCCGGCAGCACCCAACAAUCAAAGCCUGCAACACUAUUGCAAAGGCCAUUGUUUAUAAACACCGAGCCCCACUGUUAGAUCAGAUUGACGGCGAUGUGAUUGGGACUGGAUAUUCUUCAUUAUCUAAACAAUUACUUAGCAGGUGGGAGAAUGUGAACAGAGGCUUAAACAGUGGAGUAAAACGACGUGCAGCAGUUGCAGCAGACCCAGUUACUGAAAAGGUAAAAAGAAUUGACACUUAUGGGUGUGUGGACUGGCAACCAGAGCUUCAAGAGGGGCAAACUGAACAAACGCAGUUGGCCUUACAAGAGGAUCUUAAAAAUUGUAGUGGUGAUGUAACAGAAGAAAUAGAAUUGCAAAUGAAAUUAACAUAUUACAGUCAAAAGCGUGACAUCAAUAGUGGAUUAACAAUUGAUAAUCUUCUGGAAGACUGGCCAGUAUUGUUCAAAAGAUGUGGAAUGAUCAAUCACUUCAGACAGCUAACAAACACUGAUAUACAAGAGACCAUGAAUAAAACGUUGACAGCUAAAGGACCAAGAAUCAUGGCUUACAUGAAAACUGUGACAAGACCGGCGAUUCAAAACAUUUUAUAUGAUCUCAGUUCAAUGCCAUCAACUGUUUCCACGAAGGCGGCUGGUAUUAUCUUAUCAAUUAUGGCAUAUUUGGGUGAGAAAGCACCAGAAAUAGUGUUCCUUGCAGAUUGUUGAUGCAACCAUAGAACCAAACAAAGAAGGACUAUUUUUUUGGGAAGGUUAAUUAACCAUGGGACAAAGAAAAUGCAAAAUGCAAAAAUGAAGUCGUUGUCUAUAGACAAUCAGCCAACAUUGUGUUUGUUCGCCAUGCAGAAUAUACAUCCUGGACAAGAGAUUCUGUAUGAUUAUGGUAUCCCAGAAAAAGAUCUCCCAUGGAACAAGCUACAGGUACACAAAUUAUGUUGUUUUUUUUUUUCUUUUAUAUAUAAAUAUCAUUCGGUAACUUACAAUUUGUAUAAAUAACAAUUAAUUUAUAAGUGUGAAGAAGCUCGUCCAGGGAUUGAGCUAGAGGCUCUUGUCAGCUUCAUCAGAAGAAAAAAAAAGAGAUGAUUACAUUAAUGCAUCUAUAAAACACAAGCUGGUAGUACACUAGGCCUAGUACUACUGCUACUACGAUAAUUACUAAUAUCUUUUUUUUAAAUUUCAAGGAGGUCAACUACAAAAAUAGCAGUGUUGGUUUUUAGUUACUUUGAGAAACUCAACUUAAUUAC